UGAACUUUUAAUAGUGCCAGAGCUGUCGCGCUUCACAGUCACGGUCACGGUCGCUUUUCGACGCCCAGAAGUCGAAAUUUGUCGCCCACCCUCUCAAUUAUAUUCCCGACAAUGCCCUGACUUUCUCAAUCAACUUCCGUCGACCAGCAGAAAUUAUCUGCGAGCGAUCGCGCAAAACGACGAUCGACGGUCCCCUGGCCAAAAUGGCGCCAAAUGGCCUGACGAAUGGCAUCCGAAUUGCCCGACAGCCUGACCUUCACCUUGUCACCGAUGAGGAUGCCGUUUACGAACAAGAUAUCCUUCGGGAUCCAGGCAGCACAAAGCCGUGGCUAGCGUAUAUUCAAUUCAAGCAUCAACAUGGCACCUUUCAGGAGCAGGCCUUCAUUCUCGAGCGAGCUUGUAUACAACUACCGAGAUCAUACAAGCUCUGGAAAAUGUAUUUACAAUUCCGAACAAAGUAUGUCUCAAAGUUGAAUGCCGCCGUCUUUGCAUCCGAGUACCAAAAGGUAAACGCCCUAUUCGAACGGGCGCUGGUCCUACUCAAUAAGAUGCCCAGAAUAUGGGAGAUGUACUUGAAAUUUCUCCUAAAGCAGCCCCUGGUUACUCUUACGCGACGCACAUUCGAUCGAGCAUUACGAGCGCUUCCCAUAACUCAACACAAUAGGGUAUGGGCGCUAUACCGACCAUUCGCGAACUCUGCCUCAGGCGACACUGCUGUGAAGAUUUGGCGAAGGUAUAUGCAGGUGCAUCCCGAAGACGCCGAAGAUUUUAUCGAGCUUUUAACACACGUCGGUCUAUAUACCGAAGCUGUGAAGAAAUACAUCGAUAUUCUCAACAACCCACGGUUCAAUAGCAAACAGAGCAAGGGGCACUACGAACUCUGGAGCGAAAUGGUCGACCUACUAGUAGAGCAUGCAAAUGAAAUCGAGACGGGUCACGAGUCUGGCAUCGAUGUUGAGCGCAUUAUUAGGAGUGGAAUCGAUAGAUUUGCCGACCAAAGAGGGAAACUCUGGUGUGGUUUAGCAACAUACUGGGUUAGGAGAGGAAGUUUCGAACGUGCGAGGGAUAUUUUUGAAGAAGGCAUCACAACAGUCAUGACCGUCCGAGACUUCACCCUCAUUUUCGACUCCUAUGCCGAAUUCGAAGAAUCCAUUAUUGGUGCGCUAAUGGAGUUAGCGUCCCAACGAGCAGAAGAGGGUAAGGUUGACGGAGAUGCCGACUUUGAUUUGGAUAUACGUAUGAUGCGGUUUGAACAGCUGAUGGACCGGCGGCCAUUCCUAUUGAACGAUGUCCUGCUGCGGCAAAAUCCCAACAGCGUCUUAGAGUGGGAGAAAAGAGUGGCACUUUGGGGUAAUAACAAGGUCGAAGUCGUGCAGACAUACACAGAUGCUAUUGCCGCGAUUAACCCGAAGAAGGCUGUUGGGCCAUUCCACCAAUUAUGGGCGAACUAUGCUAAGUUCUACGAAACGGGUGGCGACUUACGAAAUGCGCGGGUCAUUAUGGAGAAGGCCGUUAAGGUCCCAUUCAAAUCGGUGGCCGAACUGGCUGAUAUGUGGAUCGAGUGGGCUGAAAUGGAACUUCGCUCUGACAACCUCGACGAAGCAGUAAAGAUUAUGGCAAAAGCUGUACAGGCUCCCAAGAGAUCUACAGUUGACUAUUUCGACGAGACACUUUCGCCUCAACAAAGAGUUCACAAGAGUUGGAAAUUAUGGAGUUUCUAUGUCGACCUCGUAGAGAGCGUAAGCCCUCUUGAAGAGACAAAGAAGGUCUAUGAGCGGAUAUUUGAGCUUCGGAUUGCAACCCCGCAAACCGUUGUGAAUUAUGCCAACCUCAUGGAAGAAAAUUCAUAUUACGAAGAAUCCUUUAAGAUAUACGAGAGGGGGCUUGAUCUCUUUAGUUACCCGGUAGCUUUCGAACUAUGGAACCUCUACCUGACCAAGGCAGUAGAUCGAAAGAUCGGCAUCGAACGGCUUCGAGAUCUAUUUGAGCAAGCGGUAGAAGACUGUCCACCCAAAUUCGCUAAGGUAUUAUACCUCAUGUACGGCAACCUCGAGGAAGAAAGAGGUCUGGCGCGGCAUGCAAUGCGUAUUUACGAGAGAGCAACCCGAGCCGUUUCAGACGAAGACCGGGCAGAUAUGUUCAACUUCUACAUCACCAAAUCUGCGUCGAAUUUCGGAUUACCAUCCACGAGGCCGAUCUAUGAACGGGCUAUCGCAGCUUUACCCGACGAAGAGGCGCGAGAUAUGUGUCUCAAAUUUGCGGACAUGGAGAAACGUCUCGGAGAAAUCGAUCGGGCUCGCGCCAUUUACGGACAUGCGUCACAAUUCUGCGACCCUCGCACGAACCCCGCAUUCUGGACUAAAUGGGAACAAUUCGAAGUGCAGCACGGCAACGAAGAUACAUACAAGGAGAUGCUACGGAUCAAACGCAGUGUACAGGCACAAUAUAAUACGGAUGUCAACUUCAUCGCGUCGCAAGCUAUCGCCCGAGCCAAUCAAACCCGCGGAGCAGAGACGAAUGGAGCUGGUGAUCCCGAAGUCGCAGAUGCGAUGGAACAAUUGGAGCGGCAGGCCCGAGCGCCGGCAGGAUUCGUGGCGUCGAGUACCGGGAUCGCAGGCACGAUAGCCAAGGAACAAGCUGCGGUACCGAGCAAUCCUGAUGCUAUCGAUAUCGAUGGCAUGGAUGAUGAUUGAUGAAAUAAUUGAUUAUUCUAUCUAUUCAUCUACGUAUUUAUCUACGUGUCUAUCUGCCUCGUUCAGGAACGGUUGGCUUCUGGUCACUACGAUCGUUAUUGGCUGGCAGGCUAGCAAAUUUG